AUGCACGGCGGCAACAUCCCAUACCCCACCGGAGAUGUCACCGCGCCGCCUUAUUACACAGAGAAUGGCGACCGUGUGGAAGGGGUCGAAUGGUGGCGCGGGCACGUCCCCGGCGAUAACUCCUCCCUCGCGGCGCCCUCGCCGGGUUCCGCACCGUCUAAUCCGGCGUUCUUUCCGCAGCUGCCCGGGGCGGAAGGCGGGAACAGCAGCAGCAGUGCGCAGGAGGAACCACCCGCUUGGUGGAUGGGCGACAAGGGUCAAGCGGGGAGCCCGGGCGCGGGGGCAGCGGGAGGCGGAGAGCAAAACGGGGAUGGCGGAGGGCAAAGCGGAGGGAGCGGAGGGAACGGGGGGAAUGCGGGAAGCACGGGGGUUGAUAAUGGCCGCAAAAAUACCGCCGCCGCCGCCGCCGCCGCUGCCGCCGCUGCUGGCGGUGCUGCGGAUCCACAGCUUGUGAAAAAACUGGAAGACAAGGAGUAUGAUGGAGACGAGGAGAGUGGAAAUGCAGCAGCCUUGGCGGGUUCUAGCUGCUGUGGCGCGACGGAAAAAGGGGCAGCCUCGGAGAAGCGCGGAGAGGGCGGGGAGCGCGAGGAGCGGAGCGAGCAAUUGCGGGAGCGCUGGGGUUGGUUCGCUGCUUCGUCUGCUUGGCUCGCGGCUCUCCUUCCCCGCGGGAGGAUCGCCGCGGCUUCGUCCGCUUCCAGUAGCAACUCCCUCAAAGGCCGCGUGCGCGUGUGCUCGCCACGUGCCAGCGUGAGCCAGGCCGGCGCGCACAGAACCGACGUGGCGUGGCAGACGGUGCCGAACCUGGAUCCGCAGCUCGGCGCGGUGUGGGAGGAUCCCGAAGCGGGGGCUGUGGGCGGGGGAGGUACGGGGGAGGCAUGGCAGGGGAGAGUGGAAGUAGUAGAAGUGGUGGAAAUAGAAGAUUUGUUAGCAGGGGAAGAGGAAGAGAAGGGAGAGUCGGAGGGGACAGAGGAAAGGGAUGAGAGGGAGGAGAGGGAGGAGAGGGAGGAGGAGGAGGAAGAAAAAGAGGAGCCGUCUUUCCUCAUGUCCACGUGCCAUACGCCGGAUCUAUCCCUCCUCCAUGUAACCUCAUCUCCUCCUGCUACUGCUGCCGCUGAUUCACCAGCCACGGCUGCUGCCGCCGCUGCUGCGGCUGCACUUGAUCGCAAGGGCGGCAGCAGCAUCAGCAGUGGGAGGUCUGGUUUUGGCUCCUUUUCAGCCGGGAAGUCGGCACGAAUGCAGGGAGGAGCGACGGGAGGGGACGCGGAGGAGGGUCAUACAGCGUCGCAGCAACAGGGUGCAGCAGCGGCAGCUGCAGGAAAUGGCGGGUGGAUGGUGGGAGCGCACGCGGCAAUUGCGGGGGUUGCUGCGGCGGCGUGGGCGAGUGUGGGUCGACUUAGCUUGCCCACCAGCCGCGUGGCUGACGCUGAUGCGAGCCGCGGCUGGAAAAGCGGAGAAGGAGUGGGUGGUGAUGGUGAGGGUGAGAUGGGUGUAGAGAGAGGGGAUGAGGUGAUUGGGGUGGGUGAAGCGUCGAACGAGGAAUUGGAACGGUUGACUGCGGUGGAUGAGGGAAUGGAGGAGGAGCUGACGGCGAAAGAGGCGAGGGCAGAGCGAGCGGUGAGAGCGGAGAGAGAGGAGAGUAAUGGCGGCGAGGUGCGUUCGGCAGGUGGGUGGACUGGGUUCGGCUCGUGGUGGCGAGGGCGGGCGAAUGCAAAGGAGGGUUCGAAGGAGAGUGGUAAAGGAAGUGAGAAGGGGAGUGAGAAGAGUGAGGAGCGCGAGGAAGGGGGUGAGAAGGGGAGGGCGGAAGGGAAUAGCGAUGAGCAUGAAAAGGGGGAAGAGGGAACGAGUGAAGGGAGGACCUGGAGUAACAGGGAGGGAGUGGAAUCUAGCGUUGAGGAGAGAGAUGGAUUGAAUGGGCCGGAGGCAAAGAGCGAGUGUUGUUAUAACGAGGACAAUGAGCAAGGCAAGCAUGAAGUGGGCGCAGGGAGAGGCAGCAGCGCCAAGUGCACUGGUGCAGCUGCGGGAGGCGCUCUUCGCCAACAGGAGGUUACCACAGCAGUGGCGAAAUGGGCGGGCGUUCGCGAAAUGAGUCUCAAGGAGGUGCUGGCGAUGACGGACAACUUCGCACAGGCUCGCAUUCUCCACGAGAGGCGCUCCGUAGCCGUCUACCGAGCCUGCUGCCCAGCCUCGGGGCAGGUAUGGGCUGUGAAGCGUGCCAAGCUCUCCCUGUUGUCCCCCUCCCCAACCUCCCCUGGAGGCUCGGGAAGUGGACGGUCGUCAGAGGGGGAUGAGGAGAGAGAGGGGGAGCGGGGAAGGGAUGGAACAGGGGAGAAGGUAGCAGAUGCGCUGGCAUCUGCCGCAGCAGCAGCAGCAGGAGGAGGAGCAGGAGGAGCAGGAGGAGGAGGAAGGGGAAGAGGAGGAGCGAUAGCAGUAGCGACGUCCCCAGAAGCAGUGGUAUCAAUGACGGCGGAUGCGUUCGCGGAAGCCGCCAUGGCGCUGGGGCGCAUGGCGCACCCGCGCCUUGCGCGUGUGGUGGCGUUCUGCCGCGAAUGCGCGGAAAGGAUACUCGUGCUGGAGAUGGCGGAAGGGGAAGCGCUUUCCGCGGCGCUGCACUGCCCCGACCCUGCUGCGCGGAGAGUAGCGCGCGCAGCAGCGCCCCUGUCGCUCCCCCAUCGCCUGCAGGUAGCCGCGGACGUGACGAGCGCGCUGCAGCACCUGCACGCGCAACUGCAGGCGCACGAGCCCCCUCGGCGCAAGGAGCGCCUGUAUUCCCGCCUGCUGUUGCUGCCCCCGCGCGCCCACGGCGCGGUGUCCGCGGAGAACGUGAUCGUGGACGGGGAGGGGCGCGCGCGGGUGAUCGGGGGGGAGCACCUGCGCGCGCUGCUGGUGCAGUCGGUGGGUGGCGGGGCGUGCGCGGUGAGGGGAGAAGGGGACUGGGAAAGGCGGCAGUUGGAAUGGGGGAAAGAGGAGGAAGAGGAGGAAGAGGCGGAGAAAGCGCACAAUAAUCAUCAUCAGAACCAGCACCAGCAGCGGCAGCGGCAGCAGCAGAGGGAGAGGGAGAGGGGAAGGAGUCAGCGCGAGGUGGUAUUCGAUACAUCUAGCGACGGCGCAGCAUACGCAGACACGUGGCAGCAGCAGCAGCAGCAGCUGCAGAGCGCGUCCCUAUCCCCGUGCCUGGAGCCCCACGUGGCUGCCACGGUGGCAGGUGACGUGUUCAGCAUGGGCGUGCUGCUGCUCGAGCUGGUGACUGGUAGGCGACCCGUUGUGCGAGGGCAGAGAGACCUGCGCCUCGCUGCUCUCGCUGCUGCUGCUGCAGCUAAGGGUGCAGGAGGAAGGGAGGAGGCAGCGGGAGCAGGGGGAGCAGGAGGGAUAAGGGGGCGACACCCAAGGGAAGGGGCUGCUGAGGAGGGGCGUGAGUCGGAGAGUGAGGGAGGGAGUGAGGGAGUGAGUGAGGGAGAGAGUGAGGAGGAGGAGACAGGCAGCAAGCUGUCCCUCUGGUCCCUUCCCUUGGACAAAUCACCCCUCGCCCACCCUGCCUCUCCCACACACCAACCCAUACCCACGCCCAUGCCCCUUCCCUCACCAUCCCUCCGCUGCUCCUCCCGCUCUUCUCCCCCGCACCACCAGCGCUACCCGCCCCUCCAUAUAGUCACAUGGGUGCAGAUGCUUUUAGUGGAGGGAGAUCCACGUGUGAUUGUAGACCCGGAGUUGGGCCUCUGGGCUGAACCAGAGAUCAGCGGCAGUGGCCGGGUGGUGUGUAGGGAAGAGAGCGAGGUGAGUGGGUUGGUGUCCUGUGCUAGUACAAGCACCGCCACGACAGCUGUUUCUGGUGCUGCUGGCGCCAGCACAGAUUCUACCUUCACCAGAAGCACCCUGGACGAGGGGGAGGAGGGCGAAUCUGAAGCAACCGCGGCCAGCUCAUGCUCAAGGGUUACUCAGAGCAGCAGACGCAGCAGCGCGGGUUCCGCCGCUGCAAGCAAGCUCUUUGCGUGGUCCUGGAAAUCUCCAGUUGUCACAGGGAAAUCUGGAAGAGAAACAACAGCAGCGGGACACGUUAAGGAAGGAGCAGCAGCAGGAGCAGCGAAGAAGGGGGCAGCGGAGCAAGGAGCAGCAGCGGGGUUGGUGAGUGCAGCGGUGGAAGCAGCGUGUGUGGCAGCGGUGAGUGGAGUGGUGGAGCUGGCACUGCGGUGUGUGCUGCCUGCCCCUGCUGCACGCCCGUCCAUGGCCCAGGUGGCCACCGCUGUGGAGAUGCUCCGGCUGGACCUGCAGGGAGAACUCGUCGCCCUGGGUGCUGCUGGUGCUGCUGGUGCUGCUGGUAAUGGCGGUGAGGAAAAUGGCAAGGCGGGCACGGAUGAAGCGACAGUCGACCCGUCAGUGGCCCAGGUGGCCACGGCAUUGGAGAUGCUUCGGAUGGACUUCCAGGGAGAGCUUGUUGCUCUUGGUGCUGCUGGUUGUGUUGCUGGUGGUGGUACUACCGGUGGCGCUGCUGCUUGUGCUGGUACUGCUGCUGGAGCUGCUGCAGCGGAAGGGAGCAUGCCUGGCAAGGACUGCAGGCUGACAGGGGACGCGCCUGGUGAUGAGGUCGUUUUCGAGCUGUCGUUCAAGCAGCGAAGCCCUGGGGUUGUUGAUGCUGCUGAUGCUUCCCCACUGCUUGUCGCGGGUACCACCGCCAUGCCGAUGCUACACCUGGAUUCAGAGGAAGAGGAGGAGGAAGAGGACGAGGAGGAGGGGGAGGAGGAAAGUGAUAAUGAUGAUGAUGAAGAAGAUACUGAUGAGGAUGGGGAUGAGGAGGAGGACGAGGAGGAUGGUGAUGGUGAUCGGGGUGACUCAUACGAGUGUGAGAACAGCCAGAGCCAGAGCCAGAGUCAGAGCUUGAGUGCAGCAGCGGCAUCAGUAACGCUGGCUGCUGUGAGUGAGAGCAUGAGCGGGGAGUACGGUAGCGGGGCUGCUUAUGGCGAGGAUGAGGCGACGAGUGGGAAGAGGCGGGGGUGGUUCAGUGCACGGGCGGAUUGGGAGGGGGAGGUGACGUCUGGGGAGAUAGAGGAGGAGGAGGAUGGGGAGGAGGUGCGGACGAGGUGA